UAUAAUAUAUAAAGAAUGUAAAAAUUUAUAUUAGAUGACCUUCAAAUUUGUGCUUGAAGGAAAUUUGACAUAGGUUUUUAUAACAUUUGAAUCAUCAAAAAAGAAAGAAAAAAAAUUCUUGGGGAGCAAGGAAAUUGGUAGAAGAUUCUGGACCUGAAACCGCCCCAUUUGGCUUGGAAUUUGGGUCUAUCCGAUAUUAAGAUGAUGAGUCUGCUGAUGCCCCAGUCCCGCCAAGCUGUCGAUGCAUCGGCUCUCCAUGCCCGCCACGGUACGCAUCUUAACUUCUCCAUAAAUCCGGAUCAACCCAUUUCACUUCCUGCCUUGUUGCUUCUUCCAGCUUCUUAUCUCCCCCUUUUGAUUCUACUUUCCCCUUCCCGAAAAAUUUUAUUCAUAUAUUCAUGAGUGAAUUAGUUUCUGAUUGAUUCUCAUCUAUUGGAUGACACAUAUGUUUUAAUCUAGAGAUAUGAGUUGCUAUAGAAAAUCCCUAUCCAAGUCUGCAUUUGAUGCAUUUCGGAACUUGUCUUCAAAGAUUUUUCCCGAGUUAAUUCGAGAUUCCAAGUCAAGAAUUUCCCACGGUGGGUAUUCGUUUACGGCUGGAAGACCGUCUAAUUCUUAUGGGUUUCAAUCGUCUUCUCCAAUUAUACAAAGAUUUGGAAGACAAGUUCGAGAGAAUAGGAGGCUAUACAAUCCCUUCUUCGGUGAUUCCAAGAGAUUCUACUAUGUCGAUCAUUACCGUGUCCAGCAUUUUAAGCCCAGAGGACCUCGGCGAUGGUUUCAGGAUCCAAGAACCGUAUUGGUUGUUGUGUUUGCGGGUUCUGGGGUUUUUAUCACCGUGUAUUAUGGGAAUUUAGAAACCAUACCUUAUACUAAACGAAGGCAUUUCGUACUCUUGUCUAGAGCUAUGGAGAGGAGCCUCGGGGAGUCGCAAUUUGAGCAAAUGAAGGCAGCUUUCAAGGGUAAAAUACUGCCUGCUGUACACCCAGAAAGUGUUAGAGUAAGAUUGAUAGCUAAGGAUAUGAUUGAUGCAUUACAAAGAGGGUUGAAGCAAGAGAAUGUUUGGAGUGAUUUAGGGUAUGCAUCAGAGGCUGCGAUUGGAGCCCCUGAAGGGAGUGGCAAUGAGACAUUGAUGGCGCUUAGGGACUCUGGGGCUGGGAAGAUGGAAGGUAAAUGGUACCGUGAAGACGAGAUUCUUGAUGACAAAUGGGUCGAACGCAGUAGAAAGAAGGGUGAGAAACAGGGGUCCCAAGCAGAUAUCUCGCAUUUGGAUGGAUUGAAGUGGGAGGUUCUGGUGGUGAAUGAGGCAGUUGUUAAUGCAUUUUGCUUGCCUGGUGGGAAGAUCGUUGUUUUCACGGGCUUGCUCGAGCACUUCAGAAGUGAUGCAGAAAUCGCAACUAUUAUUGGUCAUGAGAUUGGGCAUGCUGUGGCACGACAUGCUGCAGAGGGUAUCACAAAGAACCUUUGGUUUGCCGUUUUGCAACUCAUCCUUUAUCAAUUCGUGAUGCCUGAUAUUGUGAACACUAUGUCCACGCUUUUCUUGAGGCUUCCUUUCUCUAGAAGGAUGGAAAUGGAAGCGGAUUACAUUGGUCUGCUUUUGAUUGCCUCUGCUGGAUACGACCCGAGGGUUGCACCCACUGUGUAUGAGAGGUUGGGUAAGGUGAGUGGGGAUUCCGCGCUGAGGGACUAUCUAUCUACUCAUCCAUCGGGAAAGAAGAGAGCUCAGUUGCUAGCUCAAGCUAAGGUUAUGGAGGAAGCACUUAGUGUUUACAGAGAAGUAAGAGCCGGACGUGGGGUUGAAGGCUUCCUAUAAGACACACACAACUGCCCAUGCCAUGGGAACUUAAAGAGAAAAGCCUCCCUCCUGAAUUUAAGGUAUGGUUUUGAUAUGUUACUCACCCUUGAAUUUGUGAGUUCAUUGAGCUUUCUCCUCUAUAGCUUCCACAUUACCUUCCCCUGUUUCACAUCCAUGAAUGGAGUCCCAUUUCCACAUCUUCCUCCUACGUUGGACUGGCGCAGUCUGUGUUUUGAAACACAGACUGUUUAUCCAAAUUUUGGCCCAGAGUCCAACAAUCCAUGGGCAUCCAAUUUUAGGCCUAUUUCAACAAUCCACGGGCCCCAUUAAUGGUCUCGGUUCUUUAAUCUUGCCGGUGUCGGAGAAACUAUGGCCCGUCGUUUCGAGGGUAUGAAAGCGAUUCGUGGGCAAAUCGCAAGAAAUUAACGUACCCAAUUUCAAGAGCGUGAUUGAGCAUUUAAGCUUGCCGGAAUCGGGGGGGUCCAGUAAUAAAGGCGAUUCCAUGAGUGUUGAAGCUUAAUGAAAAGGACGUGGAAGCGGCAUUGAUGACUCUGCAUAGAUUUGGUAACCACUCGUCUUCUUCUUUGUGGUAUGAACUUUAGCGUAUUUGGAAGCUAAACCCGAAGAAAGAGAGAUAUCAUCGAAGCUAAACCCGAAGAAAGAGAGAUAUCAUUGAUACGUGGUCAGCUAACUUAGGAAAUGAUCCUGCGUUUAUAGUUAAAGAAUACUCUCCCAUUUGUAUGAGAUAGAAUUUUGACUUUUAAGGUUAAAAACUAGUGUUUUACACGUUACAAAAAAAGAUUAUACGUCAUGUUUUUAGAGAAUCUAAAGUGCAACGAGACAAUGAUGUCAGGUCGCAAGAAAUUGGAUGGAAAAGGUUGAUAAAGUUACUGAUAAAGUGAAUUUUUACAGCUCAAAACGUGACUAUAGUUCCCAAUAUUCU